UACUGUGGUGCUUUUUUUAGACAUAUUUUGUAAAAUCUUGUAAAAACAAUUAUGGAGAAUUCUACAGGUAAUGACUACAAUAACGACAUCGAAGUGCUAAGGAAAAUGGAAGACGAGCAUUGCAGGCUACAAAGACAGUUUCGCACGAUACAAACGGACAGACUACAGAGGGCCAUGGGGGUGCAUCCCCAAUUCAGGAGGCAAGACCAACUUAUGCAGACGCUCAAGAAGGAAUACCUCAACAUCCUCAAGGAUUUAAAGAUCGCCAAGUCUGGGAUGCAUAAAAGCAAACGUGCAAGACUAGAAUCAGACUUGAAGAAAGCGAUCCUGCUCAGAAUGCAGACGGCGAUGGAGUGUGAUGAGGGACUGACUGUUAUGGAACAGCUAGACGGUGUCCUACAGAGAAACAGCAAGGAAAUGCAGAUGCUUAGGAAAAUGAACAACGCUAACAUGGGCCAGAUACUGCUGCGCCAAGAGCAAAGCGAGACUCGCCUCGUCUCCACGGAGAACAAGCUAGAAGCGGCCAAGUUACGCUUCAACGCUAUCCAGUGGGAGAACAGCAAGAUUAGGGAGGAAAUAGAAGACAUGCUGAAGGACAGAGCUGCGUUCAACCAAGCAUGGUCCAAAAUGAUGACUGCCAUAAACAAGGGAAAGAAGUUCUUGGCAGAUCUCUUUGAAUCGUCGACUCUGGCGUACGACCAGCGGGACGAGUUGUGUGCGAAACUGCGCUCGGUACAAGAGAAAGCUAAGAUGGACCAAAUGCAACAGUUGCAGGAAAUGCGAGACCAUCAAAAAGCUUUCGACCACGAAAUGAAACUAUUUCACUUCCUAGCAAGAAAGGGCGUGAUGAGGAUCAACACUAAGCAGGAGGAGAGGGAAGAAGAUCAGAAAAAGAAAGCAACAGAGGCAAUACAGCAGCAGUACGCCGCACAUAUGACGAUACUCGAUGAUAUUUAUGAAUAUGCAAAAGAAGAUGACUUUAAGAAAAUAAUUGCGAACUUCGAAAGAGUGGAACACAGUAAUUUUUCGAUCUACAUACUUCUGACCACGUACUGUGCGGAAAACGUGGUGCUGGCAAAAAAUCUCGCUACAAUUAGACAGCAAGUAGAAGAUAGAAGCGACUGGAAUGAUAAAAAGGAUUUGGAACGGAAAAAAUGCAUACAGAAGUUGACACAGCAGUUAGAAGAGAAAAAAACUAAUACAGAAAAACUGCGGUACAGGCUGACGGAUCAGGAACAAAUGCUUACUGGGGUAAUGGAGGAGAUAGGUGUAAUAUUCAGGAUGUUGGAUUGUUCACUGGAGCCAUUUCAGAACCUGCUAGGGGACAAACAACCCUCGUUGUACCAGUUCAAGCUAACUCUCCAGAUAAUAGCAGACAAAAUCAAGGAGCACGUGGAGACUGUUUAUUACUAUGAACAUUGCAUUCAGAAGAAAGCCAAAUCCAGCACUUCCAGACUGAAAAAGUACACGGUCCAGCCCAAAUUACCGGAGUACUGGAGCCCUUCAUCAAUCGACAUACUGGUACCGGCAACACCUUGCCCAGCAUGCGUGGAAACCCGCUGGAUCUCGCGCGUGUCGGAGAGCCUGGAGUCACCGUUCGACAGACAGAUGGCGCGCGCCGCGCUGCAGACGUUGAUAGAGGAGCCGGCCUACCUACGCAGCGACCGCGUGCACCAGCUCACGGAGUGCCGCGUACCUAUCAGCAGGGCCAUACUCGCCAGGAGAUAUAUGACACACUGACUGUACAAACAAUGGACGUAGGAUCUCUAAAAUAAACACUGUUUCU